ACAAUACGUAGCCCAAACCGGAAGAGUGUAAACCGGGCUGGUAACUGAUGUACACAUCUAACAUUAGUGUAGAGGACAACGGACCUUGAAUUAUUACUGCUAUGGUAUUAUGUGAAGAGAACCUGUUAUUUUGUCGAUUUCAUUUGUAACCUGCCGAGUAACCGAGUUUUACUCGGUGUUUUAAGAUGUACGUGCUACGUUGGACGCGAGUAAAUUAAUCAUAGCAACUUCACAUCCCAAAGGGACGAGCUGUUUGUCAUCAGUACAAACCUGCUGAACGGGUUCAAACCCACAAUCAAUUCAAAAGAAUAUUAAGCGUCCAGCUGCUGACCAGAAUUUGAGAUAUAGCUGCCAUGAGGCUUGCAGUGGCCCUGCGUGCUGUUGCAUUGGUUUUACUGUUGGGCUUCACCUGGCUUCUAGCCAAUUCUAUGCUAGGAGGGGAUAGUAACUCCUUAAUACGUGGUCUCUUUAGCGGAAAACAAGAAGAGCCUACUCCAGAACCAAGACCACACAAGUACAAGUGUGGUCUGUCAGCUCCAUGUCCCCCCAAACAUAUGGCAUUCAGGCUGACCUCUGGGGCUGCCAAUGUCAUCGGCCCAAAAAUCUGUCUGGAGGAUAAAGUUCUUAUCAGCAGUGCCAAAAACAAUGUUGGCAGAGGACUCAAUAUUGCUUUAGUAAAUGGAGUUAAUGGAGAAGUUUUGGACAUAAGAUCCUUUGAUAUGUGGGCAGGAGAUGUUUCAGAACUGCUAAAGUUUAUUCGUCCACUCCAUGAGGGAACGCUAGUAUUUGUUGCUUCCUUUGAUGACCCAGCUAGCAAGCUUAAUGAUGAAGCACGACGUCUGUUUGAAGAGUUGGGGAGCACAGCAGCAAAGGAGCUAAGUUUUAGGGACAGCUGGGUGUUUGUUGGAGCAAAAGGAAUAGAAAACAAAAGCCCAUUUGAACAGCGAAUGAAGAACAGUAAAAGCAGUAACAAAUAUGAAGGCUGGCCGGAGUCUCUAGAGAUGGAUGGAUGUGUUCCUUUGCGUGCACCUUUGGAAACUUAAGUCCUGCUGGGACUUUGAACUUUAGUACUUUAAUAACAAUGAACAAAGCUCAAAGCACAAAAUGUUUUGAGGAAGUGAAAAGUUCUAAAUUAUUUGGCUACCUAAAUGCUUUACUGAUUUAAAGAGUCAGUGCAGACUUUUUAAUAACUUCUCUACAGAUAAUUGCGGGAUUUAUGAAGCAUUUUUUUAUAAAGGCGAAGGAAGAAAUGGAAACGAAAAAAACUGGAAGUUGCGCCAUUGAAUUCGAUGUACAAAGAAAGAUUUUAAAAAGAGAAAAAAUGCUUGUACAUUACACAUAACAAUAUUUAAAUAGUAUCUUUAGAAUUGUUCUAUAUAUAUAAAUAUAUAUAUAUAUUUAUACAUUAAAAUGCAUUUACAUUCAUAGACGUAGUUAUAUAAAUUGGAGAAUGUGAGACCAGCAAGGAUAGUUACCAAUUUUUUAAAACCAUGCAGUGGUAAGUGUCAUAAACGCAACAUCAUUUAAAUUUUUUACUUUUUCUCUGAAAUAAAAUUAUGUUGGUGUGUUGGUUAGCGGAUUAAAUGACAGUUUUGCUUUUAGUA